ACACAGAUCACAUCUUCUUACAUCUUAACUUGGCAUGCACUACUAGUACCCCAUAGGCCAUCUACUACCAGUCCCCGUCUAGUCUUGUACCAACCGUGCAGCUAGCUGCACAUCAGAGCUAAUUAGCUCCAGCAGCAAGCUAGCUCCCAUGGCCAUGGCAUGAACAAGAGCAACACACCCAAAUACUUUCACAUCAUCGAUCGAGCACUCGAGCUAGCAAAAGAUGGCUGCCAACUACUACUGGGCCGGUAUGUGGGGCGGCGGCGGUGGCGGCGCAAGUACUACUACGACGACGACCACGACGACCCUGGUGAGAUCCAGCUUCCCUGCGGCGGCUGAGGCGCCGUCAUGGGAGGAGCAGGCCUUCGCAAGAGACGUUGGUUGUGUGUGGCCGCCACGGUCCUACACGUGCACCUUCUGCCGGCGAGAGUUCCGGUCGGCGCAGGCGCUGGGCGGCCACAUGAACGUGCACCGCCGCGACCGUGCCCGGCUCCGGCAGUGCGCCUCACCGCCGGCACCGGCGCCGGAUGAUCUCCAUCAUCAUCAACAACAACUCACCAUCCCCAGCCCUAAGUCUCCACAGCCGGCGACCGUGACGACGACUCGUGCUUCUCCUAAUAAUUCCUACAUAUCAACCAUCCUUUCUGCUGCCGACAAGGAGAUCAUCAUCAGCAACAACAACAGCAACACCAAGGUGUUCCUCUCCAUGCCUGUAUUUGAUGCCACGGCAAGGCUAGAUCAAAGCACCGAUGAGGAGAGGAUCUGCAGGAAGCGGAGGCGCGUCGAUCAGCAGCCGCCAGCGAUGGUGGCUCUCCCGUUCUUCGUGCGGCGGCGGUCGCCCAUGCCAUGCGAAAGAGAGGAAGCUGAUCACCAUGGUCAUGCAAAGGUACCCAAAGUGAUGGUCUCAAGCCCUAGCCCUCUCCAUCUUGCACUAGGCCGGCAAGAAGUGGAUCUGGAGCUUAGGCUUGGGACUAGCUAGUUUAUAGUACUAUCCCCAAAAUUGCAUGAAUUGAUUUCCUGAUUUUGCACUUCCCAACUCCAUCUUGUCAACAUAUGUAUGCGUGUGUUCAUGCUCCCGCCGCUUCGAUCUCCGUUUCCCCUCAGUCGGUCUCUUCUUAUUUUGUUUGUGGUUAAUUCUUUGUGAUUGCUCCCGAGUGAAUCGAUCAAAAUAAUUGUAUCUUAAUUAGGCCAAAGGGUUAUUGUUUGUUUCUUAUAUACAUGUGUGUAUAUGCCGAUCAAAUUACUCUACAAAAGCUCAACAUCUCAAGUCAUGUUACAAUUUGUACCCUAAUUGUUGUAAAAGAUUGCAUGUCGUCAGUUGUUGGAAUGAAAUCUGUAUAGAGUUCCACAUAAAAUCCCAAAAUACACCGCAUACUUAUGUUAA